UGUUUUUGGGGGGAGUGACCAAAUAAAGAUAUAUUCUUGUGCGCAAAGUUGGGAGAAACGAGAGAGAGAGAAUGAAAAAAAGAAGGAAAAAUUCAAGAGAGAGAUUGAAGGAGAGAGAAAAGAUUUUCGAGAAACUAGCAACUCCUAACAACAACCCCUUCUCCCCUCUCCUCCUCACCCUCAGCUCCCCCUCUGCCUCCUCCUUUACCAAAAUCGGAAUAAAAUGAAAAAUAAAAAUGUUAAAUUGCUUGCCUCAAUCUCCUCCCUCCUUAAAUAUCCCUCCUUCAAAAUAUAUAUCCACGUCGAGAAGGAAAGAAAAAGUUUUUUCUUUCCUCCAUUUUUCUUUUGAGGUUUUUUCAAAGAAAGAAAGGAGGUCACUCAUUCAAAAAAGAAAGAAAGAUUUUUCAAAACAAAAUUGUUAAAAAUGUUGAGGUCUUUCCCCCUCCUCUCAAUUUCGCUCUCAAGUCUUUCCCUCCCUUCCAUUUUUGGUCAAUCAGCUACCAACUAAAUUCUUUGUCCGACCGCGAUAAAUACAGACAAAAAAUUUUUUUAAUUGCACAAAUUGCUGUCAAAAAAGAGGCCCAAGACAGACACCUUUUUUUACAAAAUUACAAUCUUUUCUCAAAGCUAUUAAUAUUUUUCUUGGUUUUUAUUAACAAUAGCACCUAGGCGCGCAAAAUGAGAGAGAGAGAGAAAAGGAGAAAGAAAUGCUGAGUAAUGAUUUGUGUGUGUAUUGUGUCAAUUGGAAAAUUAAAAAGUUUUUUUUUAAAAAUCUAAGUUUGAUUAUAAGAAACAAAAUUAAAAUUAACACAAUAAAAGACAGAUUGACAAUUUUCGAAUAGUUAUUGAAUCUAAAAAGCUG